AUGGCAACGGCAAUUGAACCAGCUAUGCCGCCGCAAGCUAAGAGAAAGGUGUCGAUUGCCGGCUUGCCAACCAGUGGUAGGACUGUCAAACGACGAGCUUCUAAGGCAUGUUCCUGUUGUCGGUCACGAAAGGUCCGCUGCGAUGUCGUUGAAAGUGGUAUCCCAUGUACGAACUGCAGACUCGAUGAGGUGGAAUGCGUAGUGACAGAGGGCAAACGCCGCCGAAAAUCAUACGCAGAUGGCGAGCCUUUUCACCACUCACCCUGUGCAUCCAUCGAGGAAGAGAAAGAGAUGGUCCAUUUCCCCAUUUUUGACGACAUUGAUGGUCUCAGUGACCUUGCUUCUUGCUUGCAGCCCGUUCAGUCCAACCAGAAUGUACAUGCCUUGGAAUACGAGCUAGCGCAUCACAAGCCUCACAUGCUAUAUCAGACACAAGGCCACCGACUGAGCCAGGAGGAGUGUACUCGGCGGAUGUCAGUGAUCUCCGCCCACCCUCUUCCCUCUCCGGCACAAACAGGCUUAGGAAAGCAGUAUUUCCCAUCACCUGCCAGCAGACCUGAAAUCGUCCUCCCUCAGUAUAUACAACCAAUACCGCCAAAAAUCAUGAGAGAGGACCUGGAGUAUUUGCAGAAGAAGGGAGCCUUCCUGAUUCCUGAUAAUGGCUUUCGAAAUGAACUGCUACGGUGCUACGUGCAAUAUGUUCACCCCUAUCUGCCCAUUGUCGAUCUAAAAGAUCUACUCACGACUAUUGAGAGAAAUCAAUCUAGCGACAACAUUAGCCUCCUGCUAUUUCAAGCUGUCAUGUUUGCGGGAACAGCUUAUAUUGACAUGCGAUAUUUGGUAGCUCAAGGGUACGUGACAAGAAAGGCAGCCCGGAAAGCAUUCUUUCAGAAAGUCAAACUCUUAUACGACUUCGAUUAUGAGAUCGACCGUGUCACGGUCGUUCAAAGCGUCUUGCUGAUGACCUACUGGUACGAGAAUCCAGAUGACCCCAAGGACGUCUGGCAUUGGCUUGGUGUAGCCAUCUCUGUUGCACGUACCAUCGGCCUCAACUGCGAUACAUCCGACGCACCGUUGAUGGACCACAAGCAGCGCUGUCUAUGGAAACGAAUCUGGUGGUCUUGCUUUAUGCGAGAUCGUUUGAUAGCGAUCGGCAUGCGCCGACCAAUGCGGAUUAAUGACGGAGAUUUUGAUGUCUCAUUGCUCGAGGUUUCAGAUUUUGAGACCGACCCUCUGCCGCACGAGAUCACUCGAAUGUUGGGCGGUUGCCCGUCAGUACGAGACACAUCGAAACGAGUGACCUUGGCGAAAAUGUGCAUCAGCCUCACGAAAUUGUGCAUUUGCAUCAGCCAAGUCCUGGCUGUUCAAUAUUCCACACUAGGACACAAAAUUGGAGCAACGCAGGAAACAACCAUGAGAUUGGUCCCUAGGAAAUGCGCUGCGGAACCAAGUGAUGUGAUCCGAUGUGAUGCACAGCUCGGUCAGUGGUACGAAGAGCUCCCUUCCAAUCUCCAUUACUUCGGACCCGGUUUUCAAGUACAGAACCCGAGCAACGACGGCGAAGUGAUCAACCUCCAUCGAGCAUUACUCACCGGGAUCUAUCUCACGGCGAUCAGUGCCUUGCACCGCCCUCAGAUUCUCCCAUCGACUCCAAACGUUGUGAUCGCACCAGAACUCCGAGAAAUGUCCAGAAGAAAAGUCCGCGAAGCAGCCAACAACAUCACCGAGAUGUACAAGGAGCUGUAUGCACACGACCUGUUACGAUACUUGCCAAAUACCGGUGUCACGUGCUUGCUUCCGGCCAUCAUUAUCCACCUCCUGGAUAUCAAAUCGACUGAUUCUGACACUCGCCAAUCAAGUAUUCGAAAGUUCCAGUUCUGUAUGCAGGCUUUGCAACGCCUGAGGGAGAUGUACGCGUCGGCGGACUUCGCCUUUUCGUUCUUGGAUGCUGCGGUCCGCAAGACCAAUUCACAGGCAUCAACAGCCGUGGCUGCUGUACCCAUGAUAAGACCGCAGUUGACCGCCAGUCACGGGACGACGGAUCAGAAGACAGGCUCGCGAAAGCCCCUUCUGCUUACGCCUCCUCCAGAAGCUAUGCAGACGGCCAAUUUAUUGCUGUUCAACUCGACCUUGGCACCGGGAGAGAAAAACCUGAUUUCAGCAUAUACACCACCAGGCUCUAACGCAAGCCUCAACUCGUAUACGACAGCCGGUGCAGCAGCUGCACUUCUUGACGUUGGUGAAGCAUUGGGAGAGGGUGAGCCGGACAAUAUCGAUGAGAUAUGCCAGGCCAAUUUUGAAGCGCUCAUCAAUGUCGAAGGUGGCCCAGAAUUGUUCUCGACUGGGGACGAGGCAUUUGACAUGAAUAUUCAAUGGCUAGAGGGUUUCGAUGCAAAUGGUUUUGAUACGGACAAUAAAGAGUUCUCAUUAGAAGGACCAGGAAUUGAUGAUGAUCUGCCGAUGGCAUCAGGCUAUGUUGAGCAGGCAGUGAGUGUGACGGGGGAGCUUAAUCUCGAUGUAUAG